AUGGUAUCUAUAAAAUGGACAAAAAUAUUAACAUUCAUUGUGAUGCUAUUUAACGAUGUUGUAUCGCCUAGCCAGUUAUCGAAUCGAGUAAAUAAAAGCGACAGACGCCCCAGGGACGCCGCCGGUCCGGAAAACCCGGUAACUUUGAACCUGUUUCCCGAGGAGCCCGUUCUCGAAGCCUGCAAGCCAUUCGUCAACGUCACAAAUAACCAAUUUUUCAGUCCUGGAUAUCCAGCCGAAACUUACACGAACAAUACCGAUUGCGUUGUCGUGUUGCAGGCUCCGCCGGGUCACCUCAUAAAGCUCGACUUCAGAGAUUGGUUCCACAUCGAGUACAGUCCCAACUGCAAGAAUGACUACCUGGAGGUGCGCGACGGCGCCCACGGUUUCAACGUGCAGCUGCACAAACCCUUUUGCGGGAAAACCUUUCCGCCGAUGAUGACGUCCAGCGAUCGCUACCUUUGGAUCCACUUCAAGUCCGACGAGAACAUCGAAUUCGCCGGAUUCAAGGCCGUUUUCGAAUUCAUCCGGAGACCUGCAGGAUCCAAAACUCCUGAAGCUCGACCUUGCGUUAUGGAUUUCGAAAAUUUGAACGAAGAAGAAUUCGGAAAAGUCGACAUCGACAACAAUACAUUGGACUUUUACAUCGACAACGAGCUGCCUAUAGAUUGCUUGUGGUCGAUAACGGUGAGAGAAGGAUGGAGGAUCUACCUGCAAUUCUCGGAAUUCUCGCUGGAAAAGCCCAACGAUUGCACCUACAAUUUCGUUCAAGUUUUCUCCGGGAAAACCGACAUGGCUUCGAACGAAAAAGAGUUUUGCGGUUCGAUAGCUGAUACGGUUACUUCGAAAGGAAAUCGAAUGUUUGUUCGAUUUUUUUCGGAAUCGAAGGGAAAGAAAACGCUUUUCCUGGCGAAUUUUACAGCCUUCAGAGAUCUCGGACCGGCGAAGAAUUUGAAGUGCAACGAAGAGACGGAGUUCGAUUGUGAGGAUGCAACUUGCAUCGAUAAAGAUCUAAAAUGCAAUCAGAAAUAUAAUUGCAGGUUUAGAUGGGACGAAGAGGACGAAAGUUGUUUGGUUACACAAUCGAAGACUUGGUCCGGGGACCACAUCAUCAUCAUCAUGGUGAUUUUUUCGCUGAUACUCACAGGGAUGUGUCUCACGUUUAUAUACAAUUGCAUCACCAAAUUAAUCAGGGAUCACAGGACAAUACAGGAAUACAUCAGGCAAAGCCGCGAGCAGCAGCUCAACGAGCUCGAGAAGCACCACCAGCUCGACCAACGAUCCAUCAAAUCCAGAUCGCGCAGCUCCCCUUCGGAACCAUCCCCCAAUCGCUACGACUCCUCCAACCACCAAGUAACAUCUUCGACGCCUUGCUACGUCCCGGGCGGCGACGUCCUUCCCAUACUCGUCCGCAACGAGCACAGCCUCAGCCCGUCGAGCGACGCCUGCGACGCCAACAUUUACACGGUGGACGAUGAGGGUUUACCGCAGACGUGCGACAGCGCCUGUCAGACGCGCGAGAGCCUCUUCACGGCGCACGCCUACAGCUCGGGCAAUUCGACGCCCAGCCGCAGCGUCCACGCCAACUCGCCGCCGGCGCCCUUCAGCACGUUCGGCUACAAGAAGGACAGGGAUAAGGAGACAGGGAAAUUCAGGGCGGAGGCGAAAAUCGAGAUGAGCAGGUUGGAGGAGAAGAAUAGAAGGCCUUACAGCGUGCAAACGACGAAAUCGGCGCCCGACGUGAUCGUGACCCACUGACAUUGCGAUCAU